AUGGCUCGUUCGUCCCCUUACAUGGCUCGUUCGUCCCCUUACAUGGCUCGUUCGUCCCCUUACAUGGCUCGUUCGUCCCCUUACAUGGCUCGUUCGUCCCCUUACAUGGCUCGUUCGUCCCCUUACAUGGCUCGUUCGUCCCCUUACAUGGCUCGUUCGUCCCCUUGCAUGGCUCGUUCGUCCCCUUGCAUGGCUCGUUCGUCCCCUUGCAUGGCUCGUUCGUCCCCUUGCAUGGCUCGUUCGUCCCCUUGCAUGGCGGCUCGUUCGUCCCCUUACAUGGCUCGUUCGUCCCCUUACAUGGCUCGUUCGUCCCCUUACAUGGCUCGUUCGUCCCCUUACAUGGCUCGUUCGUCCCCUUACAUGGCUCGUUCGUCCCCUUACAUUCCUCGUUCGUCCCCUUACAUGGCUCGUUCGUCCCCUUACAUGCCUCGUUCGUCCCCUUACAUGGCUCGUUCGUCCCCUUACAUGGCUCGUUCGUCCCCUUACAUGGCUCGUUCGUCCCCUUACAUGGCUCGUUCGUCCCCUUACAUGGCUCGUUCAUCCCCUUACAUGGCUCGUUCGUCCCCUUACAUGCCUCGUUCGUCCCCUUACAUGCCUCGUUCGUCCCCUAACAUGGCUCGUUCGUCCCCUUACAUGGCUCGUUCGUCCCCUUACAUGGCUCGUUCGCUUGAGUGCUGA